AAUAUGCCAAAUUUUUGUUAUUAAGAUUGACUUUCUUGUCACCUCCUUCAUUUGCAGCUCUCCUUUAAUUACGCGUCUAUUUUUCAUAUCAUGUAAAAACUCAUAGACUUUAUGAUUGCUCAUAUGAAGUUAAUUGCUAGCAAUAAGGAAUGAAAUGAACUUCAUUCUAUGUCAGCAAACACUGAAAUCUCAUUCCUAAAAUAGCUCUCAACCGAUUUUUUGAGCCUUUGAACCCGCCCAUUUCCAGAAAUCAGCUGACAAUUCAACAAGUUUACUCACCACUUGUGUUGAUAAAGUUGACAAUAGAUAGAAUCUCAGAAUUAGUUACAUUUGUUUCAAUUUUUAUUUUUCAUUUUUUUAAACAUGUGGAAUCAAAUAAUUAGUCGCCCAAUUUUGGGUCACCUGUUACGUUGUGGUAAAAGCUCAUCUUACUCAAGUGCAAUUAAAGGAUCUUCUGGAAAUCAGUUAAACUUGCUCCAUGUUUCAAAAAGUUUACAACAUUGUGCCUCAUUAUCAUCAUCAUCAACACCAUCAUCAACAUCAUCUCCAACAUCAGCUUUCUCUAAAUCAGAUGAAAAGUAUGGUGAUUAUCUUGGUAAACAACCACCUGAGAGAUCAUUGAAUGAUAUUAUGUACCAAGUUGAUGAGAUUAUCUCAUUUCUUGAAAGCAACAACAAGAGUAAAGUCAAAACAUAUGGAUUAACUUUAUUUACCAUGAUUUCUGGUGUUUUUGCUGGAGCCUAUGCUGCUCAUUUUGGUGCUUGGUUCCUAGACAAAGUUGGCUUAUUUAUGUUUCAAGAGGACGAUGAUGAUUAAUUCACAGGUCAACAAUUCAAGAUUCAACAGUUUAUCUCUUUUGUAAUCUUGUUGAAACAAUUCAAGCCAACAUAUAUUAUCAAAAUUCGUUGUGAUCCACUAUACUGGAAUUCAAGAUCAAUUUUUAAACGUCCCAAUGCAUGUACAGUAACCUCUCGGUAUCCUUGCAAAAAGAGCCAUUUAAUGACAAGCCAUCAAACAAUCAAAUACUAUCAAGUAUCUUUGUUGGUUUAUAAAAACAUAAUCAUUUAUAAUUCAGCUAUACGGAGCUGUUACGAUUCUUCCUAUCCAUUUGUGUAAAAAAAUCGAGGGCUUACCGUAUUAUUAUACACUUAAUAAGAUUCAUAUUCAACAGACUAACUCAAAAGGCCAAAUUCAGGUAAAUUGUACCCUUAUUAACAAAUUAACAAAUCAAUGUAUACUUAUUGUUAUUCCAUACUGUUAUAUACCCAGUGCAAUAAUAAAUUUCAAAUUGAAUAUCUCAUAA